AUGUGUGGAAUUUGUUGUGUGGUGAGCCUGUCCCCUCAGUCUCUCGUCUUAGCGGACCGAGUGCAGAAAAACCUAAUCAACCGGGGCCCUGACAACAGCCAGGAUGUAACAAGAACUGUGAUUAAUACGGAUUUCAAAUGCCUGUUCUCAGCCCAUGUCCUUCAAAUGCGAGGCUGCCUGACCCCGCAACCACUUCAAGACUCUGCAGGUAACCUGCUCCUUUGGAAUGGGGAGGUCUUUGGCGGCCUUGAAGUGGGACCAGAAGAAAAUGACACUGUAGUUCUUCUUGAGCAUCUGUCAGCCCAAGAAGACGCCACGGGUAUAUGCAGCGUCUUGUCUCGGGUCCGUGGGCCUUGGGCGUUCGUGUACUACCAGGUGGCAGAGCACUGCAUUUGGUUUGGCAGAGAUUAUUUUGGCAGGAGAAGUCUGCUCUGGCAUCUUGACCCCGAGGAUGUGAUUUUGACACUCACAUCUGUGGCGUCAUGCCUCUUGAUCUGUGAUCAGUCCCAGUGGCAUGAGGUGCCUGCGGCUGGCGUUUACAGACUUGAUCUGAAAGACUGCGCCUCCCAUCGUAAGAAACUGACCAUAGAGGUCUUCCCAUGGGUUACCACUGAUGACCAUCCAACUGCUCACACUCCUGACUAUACGUGGGAAGACCUGCCAACGUAUGCCACCAUAGUGCCAAAUCUCUGUGGUGUGUUCCUCCAAUCUCCUGUAUGCCCUAUGAAUAUGAGCAUGUCGGCACCCGAGAGACCCUUAGGAAAUGUCCAGAGCCCCAAGCUUUCUCUGGAGGACUUAGAAGAGCUUUUAAAGCAAAGUGAGAACGUAGAAAAGGUUACCAAACUCAUAGAGGUACUGAGUGAAGCAGUGAGACGAAGGGUGCAAAGUUUACCCAGUAGAAGACUAUUUGUGGAACAAUCAGGCCUUAAUAAUGAAGCUGACAUAGCCAUACUUUUCUCUGGAGGGAUUGACUCUAUGAUUCUGGCUGUCCUUGCUGAUCGCCAUGUUUCUGCAGGCAAGCCUAUUGACCUUCUCAAUGUGGCCUUCAAACUCCAAGAGACAAAAAUGCAAACACAGUCCGCUAAAAAGGACAGAAUGCCAAAAAAAGACCAGACUGAUGAACACCCCAAACAAAGAGAUCAUAAUCUGACUCGCUGCUUUGACGUUCCAGACAGAAUUACUGGCAGAGCCGGACUGAUAGAACUUCAACACCUAAGCCCAGAACGCCAGUGGAACUUUGUUGAAAUCAACAUAACUCCCGAUGAGCUCAAAAGAAUGCGGCAAGAGCGCAUCAGCCACCUGGUGCAUCCUUUAGACACUGUUCUGGACGACAGCAUUGGCUGCGCUGUGUGGUUUGCUGCUCGGGGGAUCGGCAUGUCAAUGGACUGCGCAGAACAGAAGCCGCAUACCUCAACUGCCAAGGUCGUUCUGACGGGCAUUGGGGCGGACGAGCAGUUGGCCGGCUACUCCAGACACAGGGUGCGCUUUAAGAGCGACGGGAUGGAGGGACUGGUCAAAGAGCUGGCCAUGGAGCUUGGCAGAAUUUCAUCACGCAACCUGGGCAGAGAUGACAGGGUUAUUGGGGACCAUGGAAAAGAGGGCAGAUUUCCCUACUUGGACGAGGACGUUGUGAGUUUCUUGAACCAGCUGCCGGUGUGGGAGAAGGCUGACCUGACUCUGCCGCGGGGUCUGGGGGAGAAGCUGCUCCUGAGGCUGGCUGCCAAAAAGCUGGGCCUGGGGCCCGCUGCCAUCCUGCCCAAGAGGGCCAUGCAGUUCGGCUCCAGGAUCGCCAAGAUGGAGAACGGCCGCGAGAAGGCAUCGGAUAAGUGCAAAAGACUCGUGACAGAAUGAACCACACUCAACUAAUCAAUUUGGUUGAGUUUAUUUUAUAAAAUUACACAAUUUCUGAGGAAUGAAUUAGAAAAAAAGAGAAUCACAUCUGCCCGCCCCGCCCCAAUGAGACAUAUAUAUGUAUAAAGUAGUUACAUCCUUUUAAAGAGCAAGUCUUCAUGUUGUCUCUUUAAGCAGCACAUACAUUUGCUUAUUUUAAAAUGUCAAUGUAAAUAAACGCUAAUAUCUUGAA